AUGUCAAACGUUCCACCUGAAGAAGAAUACGAAACUGAUACCAUUUUUUCGCAAGAAGGUGAAGUAUCCGAGAACUACCUGAAAACAAAAUUAUAUGAUCUAGACUCCGACUCGGAAGUUGUUGGAGGUUUCUCGACUGAACUUACAAACGAUCAGUUGGCGGGACUUGACGAUAUGGGAGUUCCAGUGCAUCGCCAAUCAAAUCUCGACAAGGAAAAUGGUGGAAUCCAUUUUAUUGUUGACGACCCACUACCAAUUUCCCAACUGACAUUUCAACAGUUGUCUCAAAGAGGUUUUGGUGAUGCGGAAGGAGACUUGUUCGAUAACAAUGAAGACUUAUAUGACCUAACCCAAGAUAGUUUUCGAUAUGGUCGCGUUUCUUCUGGUGCGAGUUACAAUAUUGUCACCGGCAAAAUGAAGAACGAAAUUCUUGAACAAGUCAAAAAAAGCGAUGAAAUAAACGACACAAAAGUGACUGUUGAUGAGAACACACACACUGUUACCACAGAAGUUUCUAUUAAUCUGGGAGAUGAUGGCGAUGUUACCCACGAAAAUUUAACUUUUGAAGACCUUUACGCAGAACAAGUUCCCAAGUAUUUUGACUACAUGCAGAAAUUUCCCGAAGUCACCGAUGUUUGGACUUUGUUUUUUGAUAACAAAUCAUAUGAAAAAAUGACAACAUUCGAUAUUCAGACCUGUCUCUGUGCUGCAUUAAACUCGAAACAUCUGAUGCUGUUGUGUAUCGGAGUUGAUAACACCGACCAAGUUACCGGAAUAGAAAUGAGUGCUCGCGAGCGUGUAACAUUCAGAUUGGCGUUGACUCGCGCUGUCGUCAGCGAGUUCCAGCCACCAUUGGUCAAACUACCACCAAACAAAAUAACGGGUGUUUCUGCAAUGAAGAGAGACAUCGCUGAGCUUACAUCAAUUGUUGAUGUUCUUUUUGUUCCCGUGUUCGGAGGCCCAGGAAACCCCGAGCUCUCCGAAAUUCGUGAAGGAGAGGCACCAAAACGCUUCGUAAUCAUCAUUCGAUUGAAAAAAGUUGUUGAAGAGGUUUUCCAAUUAUCAUCCGGCAGAAUUUUCUUCGAGGAAAACGGUCAAGUCUCUCAGCUCAAUUCGCUGGAUGAGGCUGCUCGUGUUUUGCUUAAAAAUGAGAUCGGCGAAAAACCAUUAAAAGGAAGCUUAUUCAAAUUAGAAAAUUAUGUCCCGGAGAAGAAUGACGAGAUUUUUGAUGAUGAAGAUAUCAUAGAGGUUUUCGAGAAAAGCACGGACGAUGAAGAAGAAAAAGAACAAAUCGAAGUCGAAGAACGUUUGAGAAUUGAAGUUACGGAGAAUACGACCGAGUUUCUUGAUAAGCAGCUUGAUUCCAUUACUGAAGACGUUAAGACAGUGUCAAACACCACCGAAAGCAUUUGGAAGCAUUUCAAAGCUGUCAAAAACAAGAAAACGGCGAUUGCAUGGGCCUUAUUCGGCGUCGCAUUCACCUACACUGUUAUUCGAGCCACCAAAAAAUCGUCAUAA